UCCGGAAACUCCCUGCCCCCUGGUAUUCGACAGGGAGACACAGCCCCUUGUCGAGCCUGAGGGAGAUGGGCGGACCUCUAGAGUGUCGAGUACUCCAUAGCUCCGCCCCCGCGCCUUGCUGCCGACGCAGAGCGCCGCUGUUUCCGAACGGCGAUACCAUCGGCAGCGCAGCGCUUCCACGCAGGGCUACCGGGCCCCCUAUCGACGGAUGUCCCCCGAAGGACCAGGACGCUUGCUCACAGACCAUCAGAAAGGCCAAUCCACCCACCUACGUACCUGUGUCCUUGGAAAGUGUUAUCGGCCGUUUAGCGUUUCGAUUCUUUCAGCCGGCAGGCCCCCACGCUUGUGCUUCCCCGUAGCCGUGUUGCCUUUGGCUGCGCCGCACUGUGGAAGUCGUAUGCUUGAUUAGAGGCAGCCAACCAAGGGAGGACGUAGAAACGAACACCAUGCCGCUGUACGACUUCAUAUGUCUGGUGAAGCCGCAGGUUCCGAAAAGGGAGGUGGUGGAAAUUUUGAAACGGGUGGGAAAGAGAGUGUAUGACCUUUCGGGCGUUGUCACGGAUGUGAAAUCUUACGGAUUCGACGUCCCCCUCGCCUACGACAUCAAGAAAAGGGAUGGCCGAUAUCGGAAGGCCCAGAUGGUGCAAAUGACUUUUAUGUCCACGCCAGAUUUCCCGAAGGAACUGCAGGGUCUGCGACAAGAUGAGAGGCUCUUGAGGUGGCUGAUUGUGAGAAGUAGAGGGCAUCAAGGGAAUGCCUCUCAAGAACCACCGGCAAGGCGGGAAAACCCGCGUUUUGCCAGGGAUGAGGGAUUUUGAUCGACUUCAAAAAUUCAGGGUUUUCAUGUCUGUCUUUUUUUUGUCUACAUAGCACAACCCUUCAGAUUCUUGAGCCUCAUCAUAUAUGUAUAUAGCCUGUCUCUUAUACACAUCUAGAUGUGUAUAAGAGACAGCCUUUGAAUAUUUCUCGAUUAGUUGUUGCCUUGUCUGUUUUUUUUUUUUUUUUUUUUUUUUUUUUUUUUGGCCUCGGGCGUGUUGUGCGGUUCCCUGCGCUCUCUGUGCCUUCUUCCGAGUUCAUCCACGUCNCUCCUGAUCGAACAGCUGGCUGGUGAGAGUGUGACCGAACAGUGUGUCACAGACACUCAGUUUCACGUUGUCUCACCCUGUUUGUCAUUUCCCUCCCCCCCCCCCCCCCCCCCCCCCCCCUUCUCUGGUGUUGCCUAUCUAGUUCUAUGCGCCCAUCCGACUGCAGAAGAUCAUAGGUUCAAACCACAACCAACCAACUUCAUAAGCAACCUCUCCUUCCCUCUGGGAAGGGAAGGUGCCUGCUGUGUCAAUGAGCUGGCGAACCCAUAUCUGUAUCGUCAAUCUGGUCGUAACUGCCAAACACAGAAGCCAGCUUCCAUCGCAAGCACAGCCAGCAGAAGUGCGGAUUGUGAAAAAAUAUGAACGCGGAGUGAGAUUUGCUCAAACUAUGAAGCUAUUCUGACCGCACCUGGCUGGUUGAGUCAGGAGUAUACUUGCAACCAUACCGUGCGCCGUAGCGUCCGAUGCGCUGCACGGCGUGCAGCGCGGCACCUGCUCGUGCGCCGUACCAGCGGCAGUUUCCCUUUUUUUUUUUUUUUUUUUUUGCUGUUUUUGUGGAUACAGAAGAGUGGAACACCCAAGGAACUGAUUUUUCUCAAGUACAGUCGUACAGAUUUUUCUUUCCGUCCAAGUGGGCAUGAGAAAUAGCCUCAAAAAGGUGUCUGGGACAUCAGUCUUGACCUUUAGGUAGCGGCAUUACCCUCCUGCUAGGUUUUUUUUCUUUUUUUUUCCCCAUCCCACAACGGAUCUCUGAAGGGGAUGCAGGUGACCAUUGACCAGCCAUGCGACCCCAUUUUUUUUUUUCAGUGAAUAUUUCCCCCGUGUGCCGCACCAAGCGUAAGGAAUUUUCCUCACGGCGUCCGCUUGCAUGCAUGGUCAGGAGUGGUUAGGACAAUCAAAUCAAAAGUGCGAGGAUGU